AUGGCGGGCACUGCGGUAGCCGCGCAAGAAUAUUGGGGCUAUUUGAUCCAACCGGACAAGUCUCCGACACCCGUAUUCGAGCAGCUAUUGCUUGGAGUCGCAAACUACAUCAACAGACACAUUGCGCCUUGGGACAUCCAGACGCUUACGCCCGCCAAGCUCGCAGCCUUCUACCGCCUCGUCGGUGGUGACUACGACCCUCUCUUCCUCGAGACCUCGCAAACCUCGCUCUCCUUCAUCUACCAAUCCCUCGGCUGCUACCAUACUCUCCAACCAGAAAAAGAUCCCUACACACCCCCUACAAUACCGUCUCUGACCCCUGCGGGCUUCGUACGAUGGCAGACGGUCCAGCUGCUGCUGGAGCCAGAAGAGCAUGUGCCAUUUUUGCAAGAGGCGGUGAAGAGGUUCGAUCUCACGAACCCGGCGGAUGGCGCGCCGUUUCCAAGUAUACUACCCAAGGAGAGUCUACCGUGUCAGCCGGAUAUAGAGAUGGUGGAGUGGCAUGAGACUGUGGCGGAAAAGCUGAUGUUGGAAGCCCAGGCGUCGGCGGCAAGGGCGAUGCCUCCAAGACCUAAUCUCGCGUUGAGUGACAUCGAUUUGGAGAGCUCGAGGGAUACUUCGUCGGUGGAUUCGUAUUCGGGUGUCGAUGCUGCGCAUGGAGCUGGAUAUUUCAGCCAUCCUCGCGCCAACAAUCGCGGCCCACUGUUCGUUCAGGUCCCAUACAGAGUACGCCCACCACCACAGUAUCCCAAUCAAGAGCCUUGGUCCCCUGAGCGCCGCCGUAGCAGUCUACCCGACGAUAGAGCCUACCCAUCUUCGUGGCCUCGUGACGGGCCUACGCCUACGAACUACGCUCCUCCACCACCACUACCGCCGCCAAAUAGCCAUCCUCAACAUCAUCUUACACAUCCACAUCACCAUCCCCACGUCCGUCCACGCCACACCAGAAUCCCAAGCGACAUCUCCAUCACGAGCUCUGACACGUCGGACACAUCGAGCAUGACCACCAGCUCUGCCUCCAUGAGUCCAGUACGCUACCACGCCAAGCUCCACUCUCCCUCAGGCCCAUCUGGCCCUCGACGUCAUUCUUCAACUGUUCCUCCACAGCGUCCUGCACAAGGUUACUCACCCUAUCAAAGGCAGCCUUCCAGCCCCUCGCCCUCGAAAGCAAAGAACGUGCGAUGGCAGGAUAUGGACGACGUGUUCGAUGCGCCAAGACACAACAUCCCAAGGAACCGUAGUAUGGAUUUGAGAGGGAGGGGGGAUCCAAGAAAUGAGUACAGAGUAGAGGACCAGAGGAGAGGAGCGAGGUCUGUGGGGCCAGUGACUGGGGUUGGUGGGAGGAGGUAUGCUCCUAAUGGGAGUGCGAUGGACUGGAGAUAA